CUGGGUCCUGCGUUUCGUAAUCUACGCUCCUGAAAUUAGACGAGCGGGAACUGGAUACUCGAUUCACGAUUCACAAUCCAGAUGACAAAGCUGUUGAUUGCAUAUCGUGCGAAGUCGUUUUUCUAGAGUAGCAAAGCUCGCGUGUAAACUAAGGGGGGGAAAUGCAUUUUGCGGUUUUAACAUCUUCAUUAGCGUUGUCCCUAAUCGGUUCGGUUACCGCGGGAGAUGAGGUCGUUAUAAGGGUGUUUGGGGGCCCUUUGGUGGCCCAGUUGUUGGCCGAAGAGCACGGGCACGUUUACAUAGGACCGGUACUAGGUUUCGAGAAUACCUACCUAUUGAAACUUUUGCCGGACAUUCAUGCAAACUACCGCAAACGAGGCCACUUCGCGCACAGGCUCAGGAGCGACCAAAGGGUUUUAUGGGCAGAAGAACAACAAGUAAAAUCCCGUCAAAAACGCGACGACGUAAAACCAGAAGACAUCGCCAAACCGCGAGUAAAACGAGUGAAAAAACGGCAAAUUUUCACCGCUACAGAUUCCACGUUCAACGACGAAUUAUGGAGCCAACAGUGGUACUUGAGAGACACCAGAUCGCGACUGGACCUACCCAAACUCGACCUGAACGUCCUACCCGUCUACUACAUGGGCAUCACCGGCAAGGGCGUGAAGAUAUCCAUCCUCGACGACGGCAUCGAGUACACCCACGAAGACCUCAGCGACAACUACGAACCCGAAAUCAGCUGGGACUGCAUCGGCGACGACGGCGACCCCUUCCCCGACGCCGCCUCCCUCAAAUCCAACAACCACGGCACCAGGUGCGCCGGGGAAGUGGCCAUGAGAGCCAACAACAAAAAAUGCGGCGUGGGCAUCGCCUUCGGGGCUAAAGUCGGCGCCGUCAGAAUGCUGGAUGGACCAGUGACCGAUAGGAUCGAAGGCACGGCUUUGAGCUACGCGCAGCAUUUGGUGGACAUCUACAGCGCUUCCUGGGGGCCCAACGACGACGGGAAGACGGUCGACGGGCCGGGGAGGCUCGCCAGAGAGGCCAUCGAACGAGGAAUCAGAAAGGGCCGGAACGGUAAAGGCUCCAUCUACGUGUGGGCUUCGGGCAACGGGGGCAACAACAGCGACAACUGCAACUGCGACGGCUACUUGGCCAGUCCUUACACGAUAUCCGUGGGCAGCGCCUCGCAGAAGGGCGAGUUUCCCUGGUACGGCGAGGCUUGCGCCUCCAUAUUGGCCGUCACCUAUUCGUCGGGAGCCUACAGAGAUCAAAUGAUCGUAAGUACCCAACGCCUCAACAACGGAAAACUAUUUUCAGCUCUUCUCCAUUUACCGAUUCAGGCCACCACCGACGUGAACAACGCCUGCACCACCAAACACACCGGCACCUCCGCCUCGGCUCCUCUGGCUGCCGGUAUUAUAGCUUUAGCGUUGGAAACAAACGGCAAUCUGACCUGGAGGGACGUGCAGCACCUGGUGGCGUGGACGGCGGAGCUGUCGCCGCUGGCGCGGGACGCCGGCUGGCAGCGGAACGCCGCCGGGUUCUGGUUCAACGAGCGCUUCGGGUUCGGGCUGAUGAACGCCUUCGGGCUGGUGUCGGCGGCGAGCGGGUGGCGCGGCGUGCCCGAGAGGCGGACCUGCAGGACGGCGGCGCGCGCGGACGAGACGCUGGCGGCGCAACGGCCGGUGGUGGUUCGGUUUUCGAGCGACGGGUGCAGGGGAUCGAAGGUGGAGGCGGUGAAGUACGUGGAGCACGUGGAAGUGGUGACUAAUGUUAAUUAUACCGUCAGAGGGGCUUUGAGGAUGCGGUUGAUUUCGCCGUCAGGAACUUCUGUUAAUUUGUUGUCUCCGAGGCAAUUCGAUGAGAGUGAAAACGGUUUCCAAAAUUGGACUUUCAUGUCGGUGAAAACUUGGGGAGAAAUAGCCGAAGGAGUUUGGACUUUAAUUAUAUCAGAUGAAACGCAUUCGGAGACUAAUAUCGGUAGCGUUGGAGAUGCCGUGUUGAUCCUUCACGGUACCAAAACGCUUCCUGUUCAUAUGGAAAACGGACCGAGAAAUUACAAUGAAAAUUACAAUAGGAUACACGCCCGCGUUCACCACUUUGAAGAUUACAACGACAUCGAUUUGUUAAGGAAAAUACGAUUUUCCGAGGAGUAUCUGGAUUAUCUAUGAACAAUGGUUUGAAUAAAAAUGUACUAGUAAAUGUAGGAGGAUUGUAAUAAGAUAAGUAGUCAACAUUCAUUUCUUUGUAGGUACAGUGGUAUUGAUAGUAAGUAUUCCUGUAAAUAAAAGUUCCUGUUCGCUGUUUGAUAUAUUUAUAAUGUUUAUUAUUGAGUUCGUGUUGUUGAAAUUUAAGCCAUCGGAACGAUUUUUAGCGUAUAAGCCCAUCGGCUCUUCACGAUAGCCAUAUCUGGAAAUUUGAUUUUAACGCUUUUAUCGGUCAACGACCACUAAAACAGAAAUAAAUACAAUAUUAAACGUUGCCUCGAGAAAACCUUGCAUCCUUACCGAAAGCGGUCCAUCGCUCUCAUUACCCAGCAUAUAAACAGCAGUAUGGGGAUUCUUCUCGAACAGGUCCCUCGCCGAAGCCAAUUCCAUAAAACCAUCAGACCCGUCCCACGUCCAGUGCAAGGAAAUCGCGUAAACAGUCGUGUCCUUCUUGGUGUACCACACUCCAUAAGUCAUAGUAUCGUUUUGCGCCGUCCACGGCCUCGAGCCGUAUAUCGCCUCCCCGUUUAUGGCCAGCCAUUCGCCCACUUCAGCCAGACGCUCCUGGAAAAUAGGCGCUAUGGUGCCCUCCUUGGUCGGGCCGACGUUCAUGAGCAAGUUACCGCCGCAACUGACGGUCGACACCAGCUGGGUGAGCAGCUCGAUGGCGGAACAGUAGUCGGCGAUGUUGGCGUUCCUGCGGAACCCCCAGGAGGCCUUGUCGAUGGUCAUGGCGUUCUCCCACUUGUGCGGCUGCAGCGUGCCGGGAUUGUACCGAUCGGAGCAGGUGUAAAUGUCGCCGUGCUGGCAGUUGGUGCCCUUGCCCCAUCUAUCGUUCACCACGACGUAGUCUUUGACCGGGCUGUCGUUGUAGAGCCAAGCGAGGAAUUCGGUGGACUUCCAGUAGGUGUCCGGGGCCUCCCAGUCGCCGUCCGACCAUACGAUGGACGGGUGGUAGGCUUCCACCAGCUCCUUCAUCUCCGGCAGGAUUUUGUUGUCGACGAAUUCCCGCGACUUCCACUGCGAGGCCUUGUCGGAGGCGUAGAUGGGGUUGUACCAUUCGUAGAGCGAGUGGUACACGCCGAAGGUGAGGUUCUUCGCUCGCACCGCCGUCGCCAAAUCGCCUACGAAACGCGAUAAUAGCAACUUAAAUUUCGCUUUGGAAAUAUUCACUUACCCAGAACAUUUCUUCCUGGACCGACAUCGACGGCGUUCCAGCUGUAGGAGUACUUCGAUGGCCACAGAGUGUACCCUUCGUGAUGCUUGCUGGUCAGUACAACAUACCUGUAUAGACAGAACGAACGAUAUAAGAACAAGGCGCUCAGCAAGAGAGGACUUGGACGGCUUACUUCGCUCCGGAUUUGGCGAAUAUAUCAGCCCAUUGGUUCGGGUCGUAGAACUCCGCCGAGAACUCCUUGGCGAAAUCCUGGUAGGUGAAUCUAUCGGGGUAGUUGGUCUUCAUGAAGUCCACGAAGGGCUUGUUGUUACCUGCAAACGCGGACGUGACAAAUUUGCUGGAAUGUGAGGAAUUACCGUUACCUUUCCAUUCGUUCCAGAACCAUUCGGUGCCGAAACUGGGCACCGAGAACACGCCCCAGUGGAUGAAGAUGCCGAAUUUGGCGUCGUCGUACCAGCGGGGCAGCGGUCUCUUGUCCAAGCUGUCCCAUGUCGGGUCGUACGCGGCCUGGAUGAGCUGGAUAAGGGCGCAGAACAGGAUAACUGUCAGAUUCGACGCGUUCAUUGUUGGCCGUGCUCUCGUUCGGGUGUGGAUGUUCGAAUUUAUCUGGUGGACUUUUCGAGUUCGCUUCGAGUGCGAGAUAAGCUACUCGAGGAAUUAAUUUCGUGGCACAAUUGCCCGAUAGAUGACGAGGUUUAUUUUAAUAGAACACCAGUAACUAGGGCGGAGAGUGUUUUUCGUGUUUCGAAAUUUACAUGUUUGUCGUUUACAUAUCU